AUGCCGCCAAAGGCUGCCGAAAAUACUGUCAUGCCUGAAGCUCAGGGCCUGGUCUAUGAUGAAUCAGAAAUGGCCUUGUUUCACGCGAAACUAUCUUACCACGCCACUAUUGAUCAACGCAUGGAGUCAAAAGAUAGUAAUCUUGCGGCUAUCACCGAUGCUCAGGGCAAGCUGCUUAAGCGAUGGGAAUUGUUAAAACAGACAGAGAAGGAGUUGGCAGAGCAGGGGAAGAGUUUAUGUCCUUCGGAUAAAAGUUUGUUGGCGCAGUUGGCAUGGCGAUAUAAAGAGUUGGAGAAGAAAGCGGCGACAAACGAUUCAUGA